UUCUCGUCGGUGGACGUGUGUGCUGCGCGUUUCCGCGAUUGAAAAAUAUUCAAAUUUUAAUCCUGUAAUAAUUGUAAUUAUACCUUGUGCCCUGCGCUAGUUGUUGUGUCGUUUGAUUUAUUAGUGCACCAUGGUUGUGGUUCUGAGUUGGAAUAAUCCUGUUUCUUAGCUGAGCUGAUUGUGAAGCAAUUCUUAUUUACACCCUUGUUAGUUUCGCGUCAUCGUCUUCGUGACUAAUAGGGUGUAAGUGGGUGAAAGUGAGUCCUUUGUGUGCAACAGUCGAAGUGUGUUUUUGGUGUUAUCAGUGAGAGAAGCAGCCCCGUUUUCAUGACCCUGGAGGAAUAAUGGUGUCUAUUAUUAAAAAUCAAUUGCUGAAGCAUCUUCAACGGUAUACCAAAAAUUUAUCACCCGACAAGGUGAACCUGAGUGCAUUCCGGGGCGAAGGAGAACUCUCGAACCUGCAGCUGGACGAGAAUGUACUCACCGAUCUACUGGAACUGCCGUCAUGGUUGCGACUCACGUCUGCCUGGUGCAAUCACGUGUCGUUUCGAAUAUCCUGGACCAAGCUGAAAAGCACCCCCAUAACGCUGACGCUAGACGAAGUCAACAUAACGGUGGAAACAUGCGAGAUUGCACGCAGUGGGACGCCGACUGCGGGGAUCUCUUCCCUCUCGGCACCUCAAGGGAAGUACAGUUUCAUCCACAAAGUCAUCGAUGGCAUAACGAUCGUCGUAAACACGGUGAAUGUGAAUCUGAAAAGUCCCGCCUUUACGGCAUCGGUUCAGAUGUCCCGGAUACGAGUGGAAUCACGCACACCCAAGUGGCUGCUCGGUGAUCUGCGGGCCACUAGGCUUAAGGACCCAAACCGGGGACUCAUACUAAUAUUUAAGGAGCUGUCCUGGCAAACGGUCCGCAUCGAGGCCAGUUCUACGCAAGAUCAAAGUCUGACGCCGUUGCGGUUGCUCACAAACCAAGCCCGAUGUAGGAUAUCUAUUAAGAAAAAACUGUCCGACUGUAGUAUAGUAGCUAGUAGACUGGUUCUAAUUCUCGAUGACCUGCUGUGGGUAUUGACUGACUCACAGUUAAAGGCAGCUCUUCACUUUGUCGAUUCGCUAUCGGGAUUGAUCAAAGCAUCCACCAAUGUGGUUCAAAGGGCCAAGGCCCAGAGGAAGCUGGAAACGCUCCCCGAAUAUCAAGCGCAGCUGGCACAGUCUACGCGAGUGCAGGACGUGCAGCAGUUAACGGCAGCACAGAGGUACUUCAACAUCUACGAUGUGCGGGAAACUUCGUAUCACUUCUUCAGUCAACGAAUCGAUCUGCAUCUUUGCGACGAUGCCGGUAUCGGCCGAUCCAGCCAUCCUAAUUUGAAAGAUGGAGGGGCUUUGCAGAUUUCCGUGCAAGGUUUUCAGAUCGAUUACUAUCCAUAUCAUUUGGCGAAAGCGGAUCGUGCUCAUUGGCCAAAAUAUAAAGAAGCAAGUGUUCCACCGGCCUUAUGGCUCGAACAAUCUCUAAAUGCCUUCCGUGAAGCGAUACUUAACCUUAGUCAACCCAAUAGACCACCGACGCACCCCAGCUUAGAGAGAACCACCAAUCUCGGUCAACAUCCACCACCGUCACAGAGCAAUCACCCUCCGGCGCAACGGAAUCCACCGGCGGCGAGUGGCACGCAAACUGGAACCAACACCGGAGUUAACACUCCCAAUACGCCUGGAUCGCAGUCGGCUUCGGCUUCGCCCAUGAAGAAACACGUUCUGGAUAACCUCGCCAAACUGAUGUGCGUAUGUGUGAUUAUGAAAGUGGAAGAAUUUUCGCUGUACCGGGUGACCACCUCCGGGAACAAACAGAUGCCAAAGGAGUUCAUCACGGCACUAAGCAAAAGGAGAAAAGGUGACAGAGAUCGUUACUCCCUACCACCGGAAAUGCCAACACUGCACGCGGAGUUCACCUAUUUUUACUAUCCGGGAGAUUUUGUUUUUCCAUUGCCUCCAUCCAAAGCAUUCGUACAUAUCAACCCGGUCCAGAUCAACUUCGAUCUGGAUAGCUGUCUGUGGUUUAGUUCGUUUGUGCUUAAUCUUCACGAAAGUUUACUUCGAACGAACAAUGUUACGAGUAGCCUGAGCUCCCCUUCCACUCCGUCCUCGGGAGGCCGUUCCGAGCCUCAGCCAACUUUAAUGUACAUGGACGUCAAGGUAGAAGUAAUUAUGCCUCGGAUUGUGUUUGAAGCUUCACCGGGGGCUCCUCAGCAGCGAGAUCGCCCGAAAGCGAUGCAUGUACAGGUGGCGCGUUUUGCAUUGACAAAUAUCCGGGAGAUGGGUGCUUCGCGGGCUGAUUUAGCGCAGGCCAUAUCCUCACUACAGGAAGGAAGUUUGGUUUUUGGUUCGGGCUUUCCGUCGAAACCGGGCGAUAUGUGUAUCGUUACGGAUAGGAUACUGUCGCACAUUGCGGCAACUGAUGUCACCUCUGGACAACCUAUGUCUCCGCAGAUGCAAUCAGCGUUCAGCAAUCUUACACGGUAUGCCAUGUGGAGUGAACCCCGGGAUGUUUGGUGCAUGAAAUUGGAUCCGGUUUGGGUAGAUUUCUAUGGAGCGCGAUCGGUUGGUGCUAAUCGAGCCAUUCCUUUUGUCGACGCAGUUCCCAUCACCAUAUGGUUGCACGGCCGAUCGGAUGUUGACAUGUUUCCGAAUGAUUCAGUUGAUGAGCAGAUCGAACAUCAAAGCAAUAAUUCAGAAUUCAUUAAAUCAAACGAAAGUAUCAACUUGUCCAUCAAACAGUUGCUAGAGUUAUACCCAUUGAAUAGCAAUCAUCAUCAUCAGCAGCAGCAACAGCAACAGCCGCCUCGCCAGGAGAGCACCGAUACAAGCUCGUCCAAUCGUAGUUCCAUGUGUCAUCCACCAUUGAUUGGUGAUAAUGUUAAGAAGAAAGCGGAAAACGCAAGCUCAUCUAGUGUACCCCAAAAUCCCGUAGAUAGUAGUACAGAUGCGGCGAAGACGGCCGAUCUGCACGUGAUAGCGCAUGUUUCCAAUUUAGUUAGUGUUCAAAUUGAUCAUUACCAGUAUCUGUUCGUGCUACGUCUGGCCGAGGAUCUGACUGAACUGGCAACGUUCCUGUCGCUGGAUUCUAAGCGGAUUCUGCAGGCGGCAAACGUGGAAAGUUCGAUAAUUGUUGGCUGUGUAAUACCACAGGUGGAAGUUUCGCUUGUGAUGCCUUCGCAAACCCCGGGUAAAGAGUCGAGCGGUGGUGACGGGGAAAGCGUUCUACCCGAUUCCGCUAGUUUAGGUGACGAUCUACUUACUAAUGGUUCUGGAUGGCCUAAUUCUAUGGACCAAACGAGAAAUUCCAAUAUCUUUAGUAGCACUGAGUGUCCUUCGCCCAUAGCCACAGAAGCACCGGUAGAAGUUCAGUAUACUCCUGUUCCAAACACCCAUGGGCACAAUGUUCAAAUUCAAAGCGUUCCCACAACGUCCUCGACGUCUGGUGUUGCAUCCGUCGAAACACCGUCAUCCUCUUCGGUUGCUGCACCGAAAUCCCAACCGCAGCAACAAACGCCAUCACAAUCCAAGAGUCGUAGUUCGGAGGCGGACUCCAAAUCGUUUUCCAAGGACAUCAACUCCGGGUUGAAUUCGGUGAAGAAAGGUUUUUCGCACUUUAUGACCUCGAUAGACUCGGCACUGAAAACCAACAUGUCCGACGAUAUGAGUGACACCCUGUCGGUUCAAUCGGACCUCAGCUCGGAUUCGGAAAACUACAUCCUACUGUUGGGAGAGUCGGAGAGAACGGCCGACUGCAUGGAUGUGAUGUUCAAGCUCAACCCAUUCAACAACGAUAGCAAUAUAAAGGUGGCACCGAUCGAGGUGGCCAGUGAGGUUUGCGAGGAUCCGUAUCUGACGAACAUGUCGUCGCCGUCCGAACCGUCCGAAGCCAGCAGCUUGCGCAGGAGAGAUCUGGUUUCGAUGGUUACUUUUAGAUUAACUACCGUAGAGGUUAUACGCCAGAACGUCGGGAAUGCUUCCUCUAUAAGACUACAGGUAUCAGCUGUAAGCUGUGACGAGUGCGGAUCGAUUCCGUGGGAUGAAUUUCAGAACGGCCAGCAUAAGUCGAAGACCAAGUUUGGAGCUAGAUGUAGAGCAUGGAACGUUGCACCGCAUAAUCCGGAAGCACCGCCUUGUGUUGCAAUUAGAUUAGAGGAAGUACUCACGCUACCGGCUGAUUCGCUCAACAUAACAGACAAAAAGUCUAUCCAAAGCUGGUUCAAGCGGAAGCUCAACGUGGAGGUGAAGAAGAUCAACCUGCAGCUCUCGAUGAGCACCGUCGUAGGUCUUGCCGACCUUGCCGAGGAUGAGGUCAUCCCCAUGCCCAUUCCCAUGGAGGUAAUGGUGGAAAACGUGAGAAUCAACCUGAUCGAAGAUCGUCCACCGGUGAAUAUCACAUCACCCGGGACGCUUCCGGUAAACCUGGCCAUCGGCCGCAUGUUCAUCACCCGGGACGAAGCCGGAGUGUUCUACCUGCAACCGCAGGAUAAGAGUGAAGCUUCGCAUCCGGUAGUGGUACGAAGGUCCGACCAUGAAUCCCGAAAAGAACGCGAUCGGGAAGUGCUAUCGCUGCAGCUGGUAAUGCAGCAGCUCAAGCUGGACAACGAGAACCUGCGGAAACAGUUGAGUAGCAACGAGAAGGCAUCGGAAACGAAUAAAGUGAAAACCCGCCAGGAGAAUGAGGUGCUUCGGACGUACCUGAAGGCGGCCCAGGAUGACGUUAGCACCCUGCUGGAAGAGAAACGCACCCUCAUGGAUACGAUCCGUUCGUUGCAGAACCAGCUAACGGCCCUGAGCGACGCGCAGAUGAAUGCAACCGAUGGUAAAAGAUAGCAUAAUUGCAUGGACUGCAUACAGUGCUGUGGUGAGAAUCCAUUCUAGUGGCGGUGGCAACAAGAGCUUGCGUGUGGAUUUGAUUUAUUUCGCAUCCCGCGAUCCAGUUGUUUCUUAUACGCUUUUCGCAGAAGCUUUUCUUCCUUUCGGUUAUGGUUUUUGGGAAGCAUUUAAAACAUGAUCGUUUUACUUUUAAUUGGCUUACUGAAAUUAUCGUUGACAUCAUAAACAAGUGAAAGGUGUGCAAUUGGAUGCAAUGAUGUAACGAAUUCAGCAUUUAAAAAAAAGAUAUAUACAACAGUCAGGAAGUAAAGCGAAACAAAAGCACCGACAAACAUAUAGAAAAGAAACAACCACCCACCGUUAAGCCUGUAUGAGUAAGCAGUCGAUAAACAAAACCCAAAACAGACGACAAAAUGUUACAACCAGAUAUUUAAUUGAUGUGCUACAGAUAGCUGUGAAUAGGAAAUGUUUCGUUUUUACCAUCAUAUACUAUAUACAAUUCAAUAAAGAACACAAUUCGGAAAGGUUAUAAAGACAAUAACCCAGCAAAUUAAAACUCACUGAGAAGAAUAUUGCAACUUGAGUUGAACCUGGCGGUGAUCUCGCUCGCUUGGUCCAAUUUCAAGUUCUACCGUCAAUAUUCGGCUAGCAGUGAAAGAAUCACCAAGCAGACCAAACUUCUUGACCAUUAUCAAUGUCAUCUCACUGUUGUACAUAUGAGCGGUUCCGUUUCGAUGUACUAAUCGAUGUUGAAGCAAUUACAUUUUCAAUCGGGAACGCAACGGAUAAAUCUAGCUACAUUUUGUCUGUAAUUUUAUCGAUUGCCUGUUUCCUUUGUUGAAAAUUCAUCGAUUUAUGGCACCAUCGAAUGAAACUUUGAAACAAUCUUGCUUGUAGCAAAUAAAAUUUAAGAUUUUGUACGUUUUACUUCUUAGUAGGAAAAUUAUAAAUUUUCCAUGACUGUUACUUUUACUCAUCUCUAUUCUUUUCAUGAACUGAUACCGCUUUUGCAUACCUACUGUUCUUCUUCUAGGAUAGACAACCCGCUAUCCAUAUUUGUAUGAAGUUAUCAAUUUAGCACAAACUUUCAUUGCAUUUUUACCAGUUCGUUCACAUUCCUUUUCGUAUCUUUCCUGUAAGUCCAAGCUAGAUAAUAAUUGCAGUCCUCUCUUCAGAAACAAAUAUGUACAUUGGCAAUUGAACACAGGCUACGACGAGAUGGUGUUCGGUUAUUUUAUUGUUUUUAUGUAUUUUUUUUUUUUUAUUCAAGCCAUUACGGACAAUUUCUUAACCUGGAGUUAAUUUAUAAACCAAGUUUUAGGGGAAGUCAACACCUGACACCUGACACCUGGCCCUGAUUUAAGAGUUAAGUGCAGGAGAAGAAAUUGGCCCAUGGAACGUUUUAGAUUAUAACAAGUUAUGAAAAAGGCGAGUAUACGGGAAAGGCAAAACAUAUUUUCCAAUCACUAGAACGCUACCCAAGUCACCACCAACCCCGUUAAUAGUCCGAUAAGGGUCCUUUUUGUAAUAUAAGGACAAUAUACGGCUUUCAGUUUUUAUAUUAGUCAUAUUUCACGGCAUAAUAUUGCAUUACCGGAAUGAUGGUUACUUGGGUAGGUAGAACGUGCACCUUCUCCGAAGCAAAACUUUUUUUUUCUAUUCCCUUAUUCUGUUUCAAAUUGCCGCAAAGCAGUAACACAACAUUUUCAGUAAAACCUGUGGUCGUAACCGUGUUUUCCCGGUGUUAGCGAAUAGUCAUUUCUUGUGAUAUUAAUUUUAAUUUCCCUAGGACAGAGAACAAAACAAAUGCUAUACACCCACACCCAUGUCCGUGAACUACUGUAACGUUCGGUUAGAGCAUCGCUAUAUACCUACACACUCACGUAUAUCUGUACAAUUGAGCAAAAAGACUCUUUAUGGCGUAAAAAUCAGUGAGAAAAUCUAGAGCAAACAAAAUCGUCUGCGUUACAAACGAAAGACUUUUAUUUUAAGAAGUUAGCGUUCGAAAAAAAAAGAGAAUCCAUCAUGUAUAUUGUUGUAGAUAGUUUGUUGUAAAGGUCUUUUACUUUCUAACAUUUGUGACUAAAAAGCAGUUUUAUUAUCACAAUUCUUGGGAAUGCUAGUUGUGCAUUUAAUUGGGAUCGGAAAAUUUAGUUUCGAUUGAUAGUUUCAGUAAAAUCGAAUGGGUUCAUUUUAGCCAUGGUUAAAAAAAUCAAAGGGUACAUAUUAAAAGAAGCAAAGCAUAACGAAUAGUGUCUGCAUUAAUGCAACGUUCAACGGAUGUUAAAAAAAGUAAGAUUUACCAGAUUCAUAUAUUUACCAUUAUUGCAAUUAUUGAAAUAUUCGCAAAAUCAAUACAAAUGAAAACGAGAAACACAU